GAGCCGGGCCUCGGCCCACGGGGCACCGGAUGCUGGUCGUGGCCCGGCGCAGGCAGCACCAUGAAGCGCGCGGGGACUCUUCGCCUGCUCUCAGACCUUAGUGACUUCAGCGGCGCGGCUCGGCUUCGGGAGCUGCUGGCCGGAGACCCAACUGUCCGAGUCCGCUGCAGUCCGGACGGCCGCCACCUGCUGCUCCUGCGACCCCCAGGGGCACCAGCCCCGCAGUUGCUGGUCGCAGUGCAUGGGCCUGGCUCGGAGCUGGAGCGUGCCUGGUCGGCUGACCAACCCCAGCCACUGGACGCCUUCUUCCUGCCGUGGCCAGCGAGGCCCUUGCUGGUCCUGGUCUGGGAGAGUGGCCUGACCGAGAUGUGGGGUGUCGGGGUAGGGUCUGGCUGGCAGCUGCUGCAGAGCACUGAGCUGUGCCCGAAUGGUGGAGCCCACGUGGUGGCCGUGGCAGCAUCCCGAGGUCACCUGGUGUGGUGUGAAGAAGGUCAGGUGGGAGAUGAGGGCCGGUUGGGGCCGCCUGAAGCCACUUUCAGCCACCGCGUGUGCGUCCGAAGCCUGGAGCCCAGCAGGGAGGUGGUCCCCACCCUGGGCCGCACACACAUCCUACUGCACCACUGCCCUCCCUUUGCACUGCUGGCCUCCCGCAGGGACCUCUACCUGGUACCCACUGCCACCACCUGGCCUGGGGUGGCCCACAUUCUGCUCAUCUGGACCCCAAGCAAGGGCAGGGUGAGGGUGUCUGCCCCAUCUCUUGGCUUGGCCCACAGUAAGAGCCUGAACCCUGGACGAGGAGAUACAUGGGACUUCCGGAUCCUGCUCCGAAGCCUUCCUGGGCUGCUGUCUCCCAGGCAGCCAUUGGCUGUACAUACCUCGGCCCCAGUGUCCCAGGGCCUGCUGAUGCUUGACUUCAGGGGCACUUUGGGCCUGGUUCAUCCCCAUGGCGGUACCCGGCCCAUGGGGGUGCUGCACGAACCACCAAUAGGCCCACCGGGGUCUGCAGCACUGGGGACAUUUCAGGGCACCCUGGCCUGUGUGCUGGGCUCCACCUUGGAACUGUUGGACAUGGGCAGCGGGCAGCUGCUGGAACGGAAAGUCCUAAGUACCGACCGAGUGCAUCUGCUGGAGCCCCUGGUUCCUGGCCUGGAAGAUAAGCAAGAGCCAGAGGUCAGGGGUGGUGUUCGUUUGCUUUCAGCUGUGGGUCUGUUUGGAGUGGGCUGGGAGGCCCCGCAGGGCCUUGAGCUGCCCUCGACUGAGGACCUGGUGUUUGAGGAGGCCUGUGGAUACUAUCAGCGGCGCAGCCUGCGAGGUGCCCAGCUCACCCCAGAGGAACUGAAACAUAACAGCACCUUCCAGGCACCUCAGGCCCUGGCCUCCAUCCUCCGGGGCCAUCUGCCCCCAUCCACGCUGUUGACCACCCUGAGGGCCGAACUUCGGGAUUAUCGGAGCUUGGAGCAACUCAAGGCCCAGCUGGUGGCCGGGGAUGAGGAGGAGGCAGGCUGGACUGAGCUGGCAGAGCAGGAAGUGGCACGCCUGCUAAGGACCGAGUUGAUGGGAGACCAGCUGGCCGAGCUGAACACCAUUUUCCAAACCCUUCCUACAGCUGCCUGGGGUGCCACCCAUAGGGCCCUGCAGCUCCAGCUCGACAGGGCUGGCAGGUUGAGGUCCCAAGCUCCCCCUGAUGUGUGGAAGAAGGUCCUGCGGGGAACAGCGGCUGGAAAGGAGCCCCCGAAUGGGGUCCUGCCCCCCUUUGAACUCCUGUGCCGGUGCCUCUGCAGGCUGGAGCCUCAAUGGCUGCCAUCCUUUGUGGAGUUGGCCCAGCAGCAGGGUGGGCCAAGCUGGAGCACCGGGGUCCCUGGGCUACCACUGUAUCGCCGAGCCCUGGCAGUGCUUGCUGAGGAGGGGCCCAGGCCCGAAGCCCUGGAGCUGGAGCUGCUGCUGGGUAGUGGGCGCCCCAAGGCUGUGCUGCAGGCCGUAGGGCAGCUGAUUCAGAAGGAGCAGUGGGAGCGGGCCCUGGAGGCUGGCCUAGCCCUGGGCCCCUCCAGCCCGCUGCUUCGAAGUGAGAUCUUCAAGCUGCUGCUGGCCGAGUUUGCUCAACACCGCCGGCUGGACCCCCACUUUCCCCUCCUUCAUCGCCUGUGCCCCCCAGACCUGGCCCCCACCGAGCUCCUGCUUCUCCUUCAGAAGCACCUGCCGGAUGAGGAGGAGCCCCCGGCCCCAUUCUCUGCGCCUGGGGCUGAGCCCACUCUUACUGUGGGCUUGCUCAGAGCCCUGCUGGAGCAGACGGGGGCUCAAGGACAGCCCUCGGGCCCCCCGGUUGUAAGCCUAUUUGAGGAUAUUCUGUGGGACCCAGGCACUCCACCCCCCACACCGCCUCGGGGAUCUGUGACCACCCUCCAGGCAGCUGAGACCCCGGCUGUGGAGACCUGGGUGCCAUCCGUGCAGGGUUUCUGUGUGACUGAUACAAACUGAAACCAUUGCUAAGACCUAGCGAUCAGGGACACUGCAUAGGACUUGAAGGGGGCCCCGUGGGACCUGUGUGUGCAAUAUUAUUCUCUCUUCUGGAACCAUUUUAAAUACAUAUACACCUGUUAAAUA